AACAGCUCUGCAUCAGACCACCAUAACGAUCGUUGGUUUUCAAUCCACGUUUCAUUUUCUUUGACGAUGAUUUGACGAUGCAAUAUUACUGGCUAUGAUGAACCGUGGACUCUGCGAGAAGGAACUGACCAGCCAGACUGUAAUACAGCUAAGGACCCUUUUGAAAGAAAGAGGUCUGCCCACUAAAGGACGGAAGUCUGUGCUGGUCAGUCGCUUGAGAAAUUUCAGUAAGAACCAUAAGAUGGCUACCAUGAGGCAGCGUGGCACUUCAGAGUCAAAUGGUGUCCACAAGUCACAACACACAGAGGUUGAUGAUUUCAGUAAGGUGAAGAAGAUUGUGGAAAUGGAGCGCCAAGAGCGUGAACAACUUGUCCUAUGGAGGCAGCCUUUGUCCACUUUGCAUUAUUUCUCCCUGGAAGCUGUAUUUCUGGCUCAAGCACUAUGCAUAAGGUUAUGGAGGAGAAAAAAGACAGUUGCCCUCUCUUUGGUCGUGAUGAGCAUUGCAUAUCUUAUCUAUAAUCUUGAGGGACAACAUCAGACUGUGAUCUCUGCCAUUCAGAAGAAACUGCUAUGGUAUGGGUACUGGGUUGGUUUGGGAAUUCUUUCAUCAGUUGGACUGGGAACUGGUCUCCAUACAUUCCUUUUGUACUUGGGUCCUCAUAUUGCCAGUGUGACAUUGGCAGCCUAUGAAUGCAAGUCUGUGGAUUUUCCUGAACCUCCAUAUCCAAAUGAGCUGGUAUGUCCAGAGAAGGAGGAUGAGCGUGUGUCUAUGUGGACGAUCAUGAGUAAAGUACGCAUGGAAGCCAUCAUGUGGGGCGCAGGCACGGCCAUUGGGGAGCUGCCACCAUACUUCAUGGCCCGGGCAGCUCGCCUGUCUGGUGCUGGGCUUGAAGACGAUGACUUUGAGGAAAUUGAAGAGCUGAUACAUGAGAAAAAAGAACACCCUGAAGAGCUGGGUAUAAUGGAGAAAGCCAAACUGUACGUUCACAAUAUGGUGCAAAAGGUUGGCUUCUUUGGCAUUUUGGCCUGUGCUUCUAUACCAAAUCCUCUCUUUGACUUGGCUGGCAUCACCUGUGGUCAUUUCCUGAUCCCUUUCUGGACCUUUUUUGGGGCAACGCUUAUUGGAAAGGCCAUCAUAAAAAUGCAUAUACAGAAGCUGUUUGUUAUCUUUCUCUUCAGUGUCCAUCAUGUUGAGAAAGUCAUACAGCUUAUGGGUGCUCUGCCAGGGGUGGGGAAAUCCCUUCAAACACCCUUUCGUGAUUGGCUGGAGAAACAGAGGCUCAAACUGCAUCACAAGCCAGGUGGUGGAGGAACUGACUCGGAUGGCAACCUACUGUCCUUCAUCUUUGAGAAGGUGGUGCUGGUGAUGGUGUUCUACUUCAUUCUGUCCAUUAUUAACUCCAUGGCACAGUCCUAUCACAAACGCCGGUGUCGUAUUCAGCAUGCCUUGGAGAAAGCAGAGGUUAUCAAUGUCACUAAAGUCAUCAAAAGCAGCAAAGAUUAGAUGGCAGCACAGUGCGCAUGCUUGGCGUUCUCCAUUCAUAAGCAUUUGAUAAGCUUAUGCAUGGAUGUGUGUUAUGAUCCUGUGUGAGAUUUUGGUUUGAAAAAAAACUUAUUUGACAACUAGUACUCAUUCUUGUGCUGGACUUGCCUGCCCCAUACCUGCUCACAUGAAAAUUUCCUUUAAAAAUUGUGCCGUAAAUCGAAGAAACUCAAGAUGUUUACCUGUAAAACGGGAAAUUGAACCCAAGGUGUAAUUGAAAUGUAUAAUUAUUUGCUUACUUUGACAUUGGUUUGGAAAAAUGACUUAGCUGGUAUAAAACAAGAGAAAAGGAGAAAAGACAUGCCAACAGGACUACUUCACAGGCAUUGGCUUACAAUAAUACUGAAAAUGGCAUGAAACAAGUACUGUGGGUGAUGUGUGAACAGGAGCGCUGUGCAAGAAAUGGACAUGCCAACAGCAGCAGCCUGUGAAUUUUGCAGGCAUGAAACGAUAUGUUCUCAGGAAUGCCAGACUACUGUGCAGUAGUUCACACGAAAAGUUUAUUCAGGAUAAUUUUUCUCUUAAAACAUCUAUGGUCCAAAUUCAAAAAUGGAAACCUGGUUCAGACCAUGUCUGAUUUAUAUUUAAUGAUUAUAUUUGCAAGAACAAUAAGGAUCUUUUUCUUACAGGUACGCAUCAUUUAUCCCUGACCCCGGGUUCAUAAUGAAAAUCCCUGCAGAUUCUUGAACUGUUUUCUGUGAAGAUCAUAUGUUAAUUAUGUUGUGUCACCCUUUAUCCAGAGAAAAAGACAAUGGCUUGGUAUAUUUGAGGACGUAUCUACAGUACAAACUACGAGGGAGGAACGAGAGCUUUAAUAUGCUUUACAUCUCUUAUUUCAUUGUUGUUUUCUCUCCCCAGUGUUGUUUUGUUAGUACUGUCCAUCUACAAUCUAUAUGACAACAGUGUGCAACAUGUGUGCUGGUGCGGUUGGUGUGGUUGCUAUGUGCUCAUGUUAGUGCUGUCCAUCUACAAUCCAUUUGACAGCAGUGUGCAGUGUGUAUGCAGGAGAGGUUGAUCUGGUUGCUGUGUGCUUUUGACAAGAAGUCCAGUCUGCUUUGCACCUCCUGUGCAUGUGUUUUGCUGCUCACAUUUGUGACAAGCAUUAACAGGCAAGAAAAGCACUGGUCCACAUACUUGUAGCCAAAAAAAGAAAAGUAAAAAGUGCAAAAGGAAGAGUACUUGUAUCUGGGCUUUUAUUUUUCUUUUGGUCUCCUUUGACAAGAUGGAAGAUUUAUUGUAAGUACGGGUAUCUCGGGCAGUCGCCUGCAGAUGACCUCUUCCAUUCCCAUAAAAACAAUUUGAAUUUCCCAGUCACAGCUAUUGAUGAUUUUGUAAUUGAACAAUAUAUUUUAGAUUAAUUGCUAAUCCAGGCUUAGACCUUUUUUUUUUUAAAUAUAGAAGUGCAACAAAAUAGGGAUGGACCAAACUAAUUUCUACAAUCUUUUAGUCGUUAGCUUGUGUUGUGUUGAUGGGCUUUCUGCUAGGACUACUCAUCAAGAAUUAUUACCCAGGGAAUCAGUGAGAGAUACUGCCAACGCUGUCAUGGCAACUGAGAGACAAGCAUAAUCUAUUAUCACAAUUCCCUUUGCUUAGACAUACAAAACCAGACUAAUGAUGAAAGAGAUGGAAAAAAGUGUGUAUGUGAGUUCUUAAAAUUGUUCCAAUUUUUCUGGACUGGAGUGAAAUUGUCUGAGAUCCAUAUUAUGAACAUUAAUGUAUCAAGUUGUAUAGCUGCUGUGUUGAAGAUACAUUGCGUUUCUUUAAGCAUAUGUGGGUUAACGCAUAAUUGCAUCUCCAUGAGUUUGUUUCAUGUGUCAGGCCCAAGAAUCUGUAGUUUGCAUUUUUAAGAUAUUGAGCAUGCAUUAAUUUUAAUUGCUUUAGGAUGUUUUUGUUUGUUAAGGAAGGAUAGAAUAAUAGGUGUUGGGAGGAGUCAGGUCUCUUACAUGCGAAUUGAGGUGAAAUUGUAGGUGGGAUGUUUUUAGAAGAUGGUGGGUUAUUUCAAGUUAAUGAUUGUACAGCUUGCUGCAUACAUGCGUUCUAAACUGUUGAAAGAACGUUGUUGAUAAACAUGCCUCUAGUGAAGUGGAUUGGUGGAGAAUUUUUGUAUACUUCGGAAUUUACAGUAAUCUGUGUUUGUCAUUGUUUGAAGCAGAAUAAAUUAAGUAUUAGCAACAGUUUUCCUAGUAUAAGCUUUAUGACGACAUUCAUUUCAUUUGUGCAGUGUUUAUUAUGCAGCUCUUUAUAUUUCUAUUAUUUAACCAGGUGCUUUUUGUUGUGCUUUGUUUUAAUCAGAUUUUGAUAUCCUUUUGCAUCAUACAGACAUUUGAAGGAUUUAGAACUGUGGAUUGCAUUUUUGUCAGCAAUAAAUUUAAUGGGAUACAUUUCCCCAGUCCACUUUAUGAGAGCCAUAGCAGCCUCAGACUUUGUUCCUCUUCCUCCAAGAUCUCUUUCAGUCACCUGUGCUGAUCUUGUAGAAGCAUCGGAGAUGGAGUGAUUUUGGUUACACUGGCAAAGGUAGUCUAUGUUUCCGUAGUUAGCCUAUGAACUAGCUAUGACAGUGUGGUUUUAAGGCCAGUGUUGUUUGUCACAUAUGCAGGUUAAAAAGAACCUGUCAUUCUGUACAGAUCAAUGGUUUGCAGAAAGAAGUCAAAUGUGUCCUUUAUGCAUUAACAGAAUCAGUGUAUCCUGCCUGUGCACAAAGCAGGAUUUUUUUUCUCGUGCUUCUUUUGUAAACAGUCACUUGUGUUGUAAGUUGUUGAGUUCUGAUAAGUCUGCCAAUGUUUCAUCCAACUCCUCCCAUAAUUUUUUUAAUUACAUUUUUAUUAUUUUGUAUGGAGAAUAUGAUACAAGAUCUCUGUUUAAUCUGUGUAUGCAAGUGUGCAUGCGUAUGUGUGUGCAUGCAUCAGCACACUUUGUAGUUGUGUGUAUGAGGGACUUCAUAUUUUUUAAAUUUUUAACUAUGAAUUUUAGGUGUUGUCUAUCAAGUUUAAUUUAUUCAAGAAAGCAAACCACAUUGUUUGAAGUGUUUGAUUUUAAAGACUGGUGCUCCCAAAAGUGCAGGCCUCAGUGUUCAUGUGGAUGCAUGUAUGUGCACAUACAUGCACUAAACGAUAAUUUUGUGGGGUCCUGUACAAAAUACAUACUGAGCUAUCUCAGAUUGUUUUAUUUAGUACUUUAUUGCCAGUAUUUCAUCAAGUUUGGUUUAUCAUCCCAUAGAUUUUGCUUCAUUAUCUUUAUUAUGCAUUGUAGAUGAGCAUAACCGUUGCAUCCUUUGCUGUAGACAUCAGCUUCCUAUGCAUCCAGUCAUUGCCAGAUACUAUUGAUAGUAUCAGCAUAUCAUGGCAAAUUUAAGUUUUUUGAUGGGGAAGGGAUGCAUGCUUAAACCGUGAAAACAAACUAGGGCAAAGGCAAUGCUAGUGUAAGCAAACCAUAAACAGUGUGUAAAUGAUUGGUCUAAUUUUGUUCUCUUUUCCAGGGUAUAUAGUGUUCUUAGGAGCUUCUUCACUGAACUUGAGAUUUUCUGCCAAAUAUUCCUCGUCAUUCAUAUUCUGGAGAAAUAUGUAGUACAUAAUCAGAGCAGACAGGAUAUUGUUUUUUUUUCACUGCCUUUUUUUUUAAAGCCUUGGAAGUUUUUGUUUGAAGCAAGUGACUUUAGUAGCCUGUGUGAGAAUACAGACAUGCUAUUUGCAUUGCAAUAAUACUUUUAUUUUGUUACAAUUGAUAUUUCUUUGAAAGCUGUUCCCAUGUGUGCUUUGUGAUAAACUAUUUUAAUUGGUAUUAAUGUUUAGUUUUGCUCAGAUUUUCUUGCUUAAUGCAUUGGUCUGUAUAUGGUAUGGUGUAUAGAUCAUCUUUGGAAUGUACAUUAAUGACUUGUUUGUUCCAGUUUCCCUACCUCCCUGCACUCCCAUAGUCCCCUCACAUACAUUCCUGUGUUUGUUACUUGACCACAUAGUCUAAAGGGUGAUGGGGUUCUUUCUUUUUACCCCCUAAGAUUUCUUUAAAUCAUAUUAUCUCUGAAGUGGCACCAGUGUGCAGUUUGGAAGAGCAUAUUUGUGCUGUGCAGUUUGAAUUGUUCAGGUUGUGCUGUUUACUUUGUCCUCCAACAAACAACUUGGAUCUCUUUCCUCAUCUUUUUGGGCUGGCAGUUCCAAUUUUGUUUGAAUGAGCUGUUUUGGAUGCAGCAUAGACAUGGCAAGCUUGCCUUAUUAGGGAAAUGUUUCUUGUUGUCUUUAGGCUUGCUGUCAGAAAUUGUUCAUUUUGACAUGCUUCUACGGAGCCUUUUGGCAUUAGGGAGGAGGGAUGGAUGAGUCAGAAUAUGAUGAAGACCUGUUGCAUCAAGAGAAAUCUUUCAGAUUCACCCAUACCAGCAUCUUUGGGGUAUCGGUGCGAUUUCCCACCAAAGUCCUGCAUCCAAUAAGACCAGCAGCAGAAUCUGGUCAGCUCUUAAACUGUGAGUGACAUGCCUGCUGCAUUGCUGGACAACAGAAUCAUGUCAGCUUCAUGAUCUCAGCCCUAUUUUCCAUCUCAUCUUUCAGCUGUUGCAUUCAAUUGAAAGUGGUGUAUGACAUUUUUUUUGUGGAGCAUGGAAUUUUUUUUACCUACUAGUCAUUGCCAAGAUGCUGUUACAAUAAGAAAUCAAAAUGCAGCAUGAGUAUGUAACAACAGAUUAUUGGUCAUUGUGUAUUUGAAGUCUGCUUAAAGAAAUGACCAUUUGAAUAUUUUGGGUGGAUCUUGGGGCUUCAGAUAAGCAGCUUUCAUGGCUUUCCAUCCAUAGUCCUCCAGCAAGCAAUCUGUAACUUUCUGUAGUGACAUUGAUCAUAAAUAAAAAUAAAAUAAUGCAGGCCAUUCUUAUGUAUCAUUACUUGGAUACAUCACAAAGUUUGAGCAUUUCCUCUUAUAGCAUGCUUUUCAAAAGGUAUGACCAGACUAUGAAUAUCCUUGAGGAAAGUAGAUUACUAAGGUCAGUCCCAACUUUGGAUAGCGGUCCGGUGGUGCAACGGUUAGCGCCUGUCACCAAUACAGUGAAGGUUGGCUGCCCAGAGUUCAUUUCUCGUCUCAGGCACGCUGUUCUUUCUCUGCACGUGGCAUCUGUUUACAGGGCUGGCUGCCUUGCCGUAAUAUAGCCUUAGUUGCUAGCACGGUGUAAAACACCAAUCCCCCCCGCCACCCCAACUUUGGAUGGUGCAUUCAUUCUUAUGGGACCUGGAUGGCUGCCAAGCAUAGUUUCUUAUUUAGCAAAUGUCUUUAAAAGUUGAGUAUUAUUGCAGAAUUGCAUGCUUUAAGUCAUUUAAAAAUUGUGCUGUUACUCACUUUCAUGUUCCAUUAACCCUUUGAGGACCAAGGGACAUAUUUGUCCCAUACUUUUAAUUUUAAGUGAACUCCAAAUGUGAUUGAAACAAUAUAGAGCAGCCAGAUUUGUAUGAAACCAUUUAGUAUGUCACUGACUUCAUAUAAAUAAGGGUGGUUUUGAUAUGUAUGCAUUAGUGUCAUUGUCAGAUUGAGAGGAAUUUUCUAUUUGAAGACCACCCUCAAAAGUUAAAUUUGAUUGGUUUUUUUUUUUUUUUUAAACAAAGCAAACUGCCAGUGGUUUUCCUUGGGAACGUCACAGAUGUACUGUAUUAUUAUUUUUGUUUAGGUUUGUUGUGCUGGUUUUCUAAAAUUUUUUGAUUUUUUGCUGUGGGACAUAUACGUAGGGGUAUGGGCAAUAAGAGAACCAACUUUUAUGUUGCGCCUUUAUCCUUCAUGUUUUAGAAAUGCAACGAUGACUGAAAUGAAAAAUCCAAUGCCUUUGAGAUAUUUCAAAAAUCCUGUGAUUUUUCUGGCUUGAUAACUCUUUUUGAUGAGCAAAGUACAUGUAGCAGAACUGACGCACAAGAAAUCCAUGCAUUGGGAAUGAAUUUUGUAAUGGGAUAUCAUGUGGUUCCAUCCUUGAGGGACUAAUAGUCCAAUGAACCUGAUCUCCAGGUGCCAUGUGAUGCCUCAGAAUCACUUUGAAGUAGUUUUAAGUAAUACCUUACACUUUGCGAACAAUGAAGAAGUGCUUCUGAGAACAGAUCCCUUCGGUUCAUGCAUUUAAAAUGUAUAAAACCCAAGCAGGGACAUCGCCUCCAUAGAACAGUUGAACAAAGAACACUUGUCAACUCUUUGACCUGUUUAGUUGUUGAGUGACAAGUAGCUGGAUUCUCAAAUGUGCCAUUUGCUUUGGAGCAGGAAAUGUGUCAGAUAUUUCAGUGUAAAAUAGAACCUGCCAAAGAUGAUUUCCUGGAAUAUCUGGGGUGGACAGUGAGGUUAGACACCAUCCAGAGAAGAAUGCAGUGAGAUACUAAGCAUGAUAAAUAGAACUAUAGUUGGCUGUACUUAGGCAUGCACAUCUACAUUUAGGUAUACAUCCUCAUAUGACCAAAGGUGAUAAAGAUAAAGAAAAAACUAAACAUAAAACUUGGGUUAAAGUAAAACAGAUUUGUGAUUCAAUUUGAUUUUCAUAAAUGAAACCUACACUGCUUACAUUUGCCAUUUCAGUAAACAAACCAUUGCAUUUGCAGUAUAUUGACAUAUUACUUUUUCUUAUCCAUUAUAAUUACUGUAACAAUUACUGCUCCUAUGAUUUUCAAAUUAUCCUUAGGAGGAAUUGCUGGACAGGCAAAUUUAGAUCAUUGAACUUUGUAUAUGUGCAGCAUACUGCUGGAUCGCAGUGUGAAACAGGUCAUUUGUAAAUAAAGUUGUCAAAUUGAAAAAAAAAACAUUUUCUGAUGUUCCAUAAGAACACUGUUUAUUGACCAUUCGGAUAAAAUUAUUGAUAGCACUCAUACCUCCCAUUAAGACUUUUCCCUCACCGCCCAUCGGGACGUAUUUGUCCCACACUGUAUCUCAAAAAGUAUAAGAAAUAUCAGUUUCAAAUAAACAUUUUUGGAAUCUACAGGUCAUUUUACCCCUAAAUAUGUCAGAAGAACUAAAAUUAUAUGUGUACAAUCCUUGCGGUCCUCAAAGGGUUAAACCAAUUGACAGAUUUUUUUUUUUAAAUCAAGUCUCAAGGUUUAUACUGGUUCAUUACAGUUUCUUCAUCUCUAUGUUAGAAUUAUGAAAAAUAAUAUUCUGAACGAAUGUUAACUGUCGAUGAAUGUUUAUAACCAUCAGGAAAUAAAAUGUUCCCUUCAUUUUGCA